CGCGGCCUCCGCCUGUGGUGGUUGAAGGGGCCACAGACAGAGGAGGGUGGGCGGAGGAGCGGGAGGGCAGGGCUUUUCCUUUUUCCUCUCUCUCUCUCUCUCUCUAUUUAUCUCUGCACGGGCAGUGCGUCCAUUUCCUAACCUUCCCCCACCCUCACACCCUUCCUCCACCGCCCCCCCCCCCGCCAACCAACUCACCCAACACCCCUCCCUCAAGCCCAACCACCAGCACCACCCCGCCCUCCCUCCCUUCAGUUUAAUAACGUCAGCGAAAAGUACAAGCGGGGCGAUUGUUGACGGCGCGGACAAGGUUUUUUUUAAUGUGGCUCCGUGUGUCCAUGUGAGGAAGAGGUGGUGGAGGGUGGUGGAGGAGGAGGAGGUGGUGGUGGGCGGCGGGGGGAGGGGGGCAUUUUUUUUUCCCCGAAAAAAAAGCCAAAAAAAAAUUCAAGGGAUUCAAAAAAAAGAACCAACUUUCCCCCCCCCCCCCCUCCCCUCACCCCCCCCCUUUUUAAAAAAAAAACCCAAGAAGUGAGGGAGGGAGCAGAAGGGGGGGGGGGGGAAAAAAAAAACCCAUAAUAUAAUAACGAGAAAAACUGAGCCCCCCCCCCCCCCCCCCCCCCUCUCUCUCUCUCUCCCUCCCUCCUUCCUUCAGCCCGACCCCCCCCCUCCUUGAAUAAAUAUUUAUAUGAAAAAAAUAGUGGAUGAUCGAUUUAUCAUGGAGGAUAAGAAAGAUGAGCACGAGUCAGAGAUACAGGAACAUUGCCCCGAACACUGGUUUUCCAAAUGGGAGAGGCAAUGCCUGGCGGAGAGCGAGCAAGAGGAGCAGACCCAGGAGGAGAGGGCGUCGCUAGAGGAAGAGCAGACCCAGCAAAAACUUUGGCAUUUAUUUCAAAAUUCAGCCACCGCCGUCGCCCAGUUAUACAAAGAUCGGGUCUGUCAACAACAAGGGCUGUCACUCUGGGUCCCCUUUCAAAAUGCCGCUUCGGCUGUCACCAAUGUGUAUAAAGAAAGUAUUGAAGCUCAUCGCCGAAGCUAUGACUUAGGAAUUCAGGUCGGUUAUCAACGGCGUAAUAAGGAUGUGUUAGCUUGGGUAAAAAAGCGGAGACGAACCAUUCGACGAGAAGAUUUGAUCAGCUUCUUGUGUGGAAAAGCUCCACCACCACGCAACACCAGAGCUCCCCCUCGACUGACAGUAGUAACCUCACCCACUAGAGCACCCACAACAGAAACUAGUUCAUCUGUAGAGACUGACUUGCAGCCUUUUCGUGAAGCCAUUGCACUGCAUGGUCUCAGUGGAGCAAUGGCUAGUAUAAGUGUACGCUCAAGUACUCCAGGGUCUCCCACUCAUGUGAGUGGUAGCUCCAAUACUUCUCGCAGGAGAAAUGGACUCCAUGAUGUGGAUUUGAACACUUUCAUAUCAGAAGAAAUGGCACUCCAUUUGGACAAUGGUGGCACUAGGAAGCGUACCUCAGCCCAGUGUACUGAUGUCAUCACAGACUCCCCAACGCACAAGCGCAAUCGAAUGCUUUGAACUUUUAUAUGAUUGCUGUGCUACUUGAAAGCCACUUGAUACUCGACACUUUCUUGAAUGGAAAUGGAGGGCCAUCAUAACUUGUUUGAUUGUGAAAGUACAAGUGAAUUCAAUAAUGAUUGCCGUAAAGGAAGUUCUAACUUAAUGCAGUAGAUGCCUCUUGUAAUUAUGGCUUUUCCAAUACUGGUCUUGUGACAGAGGACAUCCAAUCAUUUGUGUGGUAGUUAGCAAGAUCAUCAUAGGUGAACACAUUAGAUUCCAAGCUAAAGUGACCUUAACUUGAUUCCUUUUAAAGGGAAGGGUAACAUUGGAUGUUAAUUUGGUUAAAACUGUUAAUUGCCCGUUUUUUCCUUCUAUGUUUACUGUCUGCUUCAACAGUAUUGCCAGUAUAUCACUGAUAGUCUGUUAAAAUGGCAUCUUCCGUUAAAUCUGCAGACUUCCAUUUUACAGCACUGUACUAAGACACUACUGGUUUUUGUAUAGUGCAAGCAUAUAAGUUGUAUCAAUAUUGGACUAUUUUUAGUUAAACUCAAGCAGCUGCUAAUUCUGUGGAUUGUGGAAAUGGUGCUAUGAUGGUCAUGCAAUUAAUACUAAAUAUCAAAUCAACAUAAAGAUCUUUAUUGGAUUCACUUCUUGUGUUUUAAGUGUUGCAAAAAUUACAACAAUAAUAUUGACUUUCCCAUAAAAAUUCUAAAAACUCUUGUUUAAAUAUAUAAAUAUAUAUAAAUAUAUGUAAUGUAUAUACUAAGCAUUUGGAUGCUGGUAUAGUACUCGUGCUACAUAAUGUAAAUAAAAUGUGCACACCAAACCCUGGAGUGGAUAUCCGAAAUCAGAACUGCAUCAUGCUCAGUUUAAGCAUUUCCUUCACGUAGUGGAGCUGGUCCAAUUAGAUAAUUCAUGGGACAGAGUCGUUGACAGUGGGUUUUAAAAAAAACCAUACUCAGUUACUUGUGACCUGUUCACUUUAAAAAUUGUCCGCAGUCGUCUGUUAAAGGAGGUGAAUUUUUUCAUGACGAUGUGUUUGUGUAAACAUACUUGCAUAAACCUGGGGAGUUCACUUUUUUCAAGCCAAUUUGUCACAAACUGCCAAGUUUCUAUAACUUCUGCUUGCAUUUUUAUGGAGUGAUGCUUGAAAAAUGAUACUUCAGCCUUUUCAAGUCUGUUUUUGGAGAAAUUUUAACAUGUGAAUUUACACUGUGGUAAGCAGGCUUAGCAAAAAAAAAACUUGUCGUAUACUGUAAGUUUAGUGGCGCAACCCUUUAGUUAAUUUACUUUUGAUAUAAAAAAAAAUCAGAACUCAAGGUUAUUACAUAAUCAACGGCUUGCACAGAAUUUAAACGAGCUGAUGUGUACACACUAACUCGAGCAGUUUUGCACAUGCAGAUACAUCUCUUGGCAAAUAUUAAGUUGUCUUGUUUUCUCACUGGGAAGCCUAUGCAAAGUGCAAUUUAAUUGUUUUAUGUAAUACUAAUUUGGAGGUUUGGCUGUUACCCUCAUGCUGACGGCAUGUGACCCAGACAGCCUUAAAGGGUAUUUUCCAGUCAGGCAGUUGGGCAUGCUGUAAGAAAGCACUUCUUUUUUUUCCCUUUUUACAAUAGCAGUAUAAUUUUUAAACUGGUUAUCUUCCGUCCUCUAUUUUCUCCUUAUUCCCACUUACUAACUUCAAGCCAUCUCUCGGUUGAAUCAGUAACAUUAAAACAUGGCUUCACUAUAACUGGAGAAACUUUAUUUUAAUUAAUGAUGAUCUUUGAAAGUGUAUGAAAGACAUCUGAUACCGGAAUACUUAGAACAGGUUGUCUGGUGAGAAUUCUGGGCACAUGUGUAAACACUGGCACCCAAUAUGAAAUUCUUAGUUUAUUUUCUCAGAUGCUGGCCUCGUUUUGAACUUGGGAGUGCUGGAUGCUAUCGUAUAAUCAUUUUAACUGAUUUUAGCCUAUGUGGAGCUAAAAAUAUAUUAACUUAUGUUGGGGGGAGGGUAGGGAAUGUGAAAUAAUGUUGCUUAGGCUACAGUGUCAAGAAAAAAACUUCGGAAACAACUUGUUUUUCUGCGGGGAUGGGAAGGAUAAACGUCAAGUUUGAGAAACUUUGUUUGUCGAGGCAGGGGGAGCGAAAACUUGCGUGUAUUCUAAAAGUCAAAAUAUGGCUUUCAGCAAACUUUGCACUAAUAGAUUUUCAGUUUACAGUGAUUGAUGACAUUGCAUGUUUGCUUUUCAUCACGUUAUUACCAUAAACCCCUCUUGCUCUUUCUGCAGGAGUUUUAUUUUGUCACUUUUCUAGCUUAAUGUAUAAGUAUAAUACAUUAAUGUAUAAUGUAUGUAAAUCGAGGUAGGGGUUAGACCACCACCACUGAGGCAAUUAAUGAAAUUCCAUAGAAUGUUUUUGAUAAAUUUUGAAUUUUAAUAGUGUGCUGUAAAGGUAUCGCCUAAUGCCUUGAUGGGGUAAAGCUACAUGGAUGGCUUUCUAAGUUGCACGCUGUUUCUCUUGCUAAGUCAUUUUCAUUUGGUGGAAACCACUGCAAUGUCAUCACCAUUUGAAGGAUAGGUAGCACUUAACAACUUUAAUGAGUUAACUGUACCAAACUGUUAUUUCAUCUAACUGUAGCGUGCACUUGGAGAAAGAAUAAACACCAUACAAAUCGGACACUGCCUUUUUCAAUUGCACGUGUUUACUUGGCAUUAAUUCAAAAUUACUUCAUUUUAGGAAUUUUUUGUCUUCCCUUCCCAUUUUACUCCUGUUGUUUCACUUCAGCUUUGUGGGGGAAAGGCAAAGUUCAACUUGGAAAGUAAGUGUAUUAACACUAAUGUGGGAAAAAAUUAGGGUCACUGGAAGUUUAAACUGCAACUUCAAGACGACUGUUUGUUUUGCUAAUUGGUUUCGUAGCAAAUCAGAAAGGGUUUGGCUUUCCUUUUCUUGCUUUUCUUUAUCUAUCUUCUCCCUGUGUCCCUCCCACAUACAAGUGUGGGCAUUACUAGCCAAGUGCCCAAUGUUUUUAAAGUGUGUAAAAUGGUGCCAAAUAAGUAUUCAACAAGCAGAAGUUAACAGGUAGCUUUUCAGAUGUGCAGUAUUUGUCAUGUAAUAAAGUUUUUUGUUCACUUUAUACAGUGAACAUAGUUAUAAAAGGUUUUGAUUACAAAUAUAAAAAAUUGUUUUGAAGCCAGUACAUUAGCUUUUCAGAUUUAUUGAAGCUCUUGGCCUCUCUGACAGACCCCAAAUGUUUAUUUGACGCACUUAAAUAGUACGAGUAUUACUAUACUAUUGGAGUGUCUAAUUUAAGUAUGAUGAUAAUAAAGAACUGUGAAUUAUGUUAUGC